UAUAAUGCUAGCUACGGCCCUGGAAUGACCAUAUGUUUGACGUCCAAUAGCCGAUAAUAAGAUAAAAAACCAAUGUGCUCUAGUGGCGUCGUUAAAUAAAACAAACCUUUUUUUGUAUUGGUGUUUUAGGUAGUUUUAUUCUAUUCUUUUUCAGGAUGGACACUUUCUUGCGCAAACGAGGGGUUGAUGACCGAACAGUCGAUAAGCUGAAAGAGGAUAAGAUUGACGAGGAUGUAGCACGGCUAAUGGAUGAUGAACAACUAACACAGUAUCUAUCAAAACCUGGGGAUAUUAUAGCAUUCAGACAUUUUUUAAAACCAUCCGUCCCGGACCAAACUCGUAUCAGGAAGCACAGUUUGAUGGAACAACUGAGGUCCCGAUUGGAAAUGCACGACCGUAAUCCAGAUGCUCCGCAAUCCAGUGUAAAGUUGGCUCGCUAUAACGCUAUGAAAAACACCCAUGUCACUGAGCUGGGCUGGAUGCACUACAACGAAAAAAGACACCAGUAUGUCCAAGUUAGAACCAAAAAAGGAGGUGGGACGCGCUCCAUAUCAUUGGAUAAGAAAUCCACCAAAACUGACAUUAUAACAGAAGCAAAGAAACUAUUCUUUCCUGGAGAUGAAUCAAGCCUUGGGUCACUUAAAGAUAUGGAAAUUGAAUUAACAGAUUUCAAGUGCCUUCCUAUGGAUAUGACCACAACGCUUGGGGAAAUUAUAGAUGUUGCUAAGAUGCGAAAGUUGCGCUUCUGUCUGAGAACGAAGAACACGCAGCCCAACGUUGAUAAUGGUGGAGUCCUGAGGGACAUUAUUUGUGAAUUUUGGGAAAGGUUUUAUGAACAAUGUACUUUGGGUUCGGACAUAAAAGUCCCAUGCUUACGACAUGACUUCGAAGUACAAGAUAGGGAGGCCAUCGCUCAUGUGUUUGUACUUGGGUGGAUUCUACAGCGAAAUAUCCCAGUCAGACUGGCUCCCAGCUUUCUCAAAUAUUGUUUGUAUGGCUUGGACCCAUACAAGAACAACUCAGGAAUAAUCGAGGAGUUUCUCGGGUUUGUACCGCACAGUGAACGCAUAAUCCUGCAGGUCGCUCUAUCAGACUUCGACAAAGUUGACAACGAAUAAUUACUUGAUGUUCUGACUAAUCACGAAUGUAAGGUUUUAGUGACCAAGGAUAAUAUCUUUACUACAAUGGGGCAGAUCGCAAGCAAAGAGUUGGUGCAAGAACCAUCAUUCAUUAAAGAUGUUUUUUUCAACACACUAAUUGGGUAUGAACUGGACAUCGACUUAUGUAAAGUGCUAGACCGACUCAAACCAACGACAAAGCGAGUCCUAUCUCUUCUUGACUGCGAAGAUGAAAAUGCUCCUUCAUUCUGCUACCUGAAACGUUACAUUCGUAAACUAAACAAUGUGUCUCUUGGAGCUUUCCUUCGCUUCACUACACCAUCUGAUCUGUUGCUCUCCGGUGUGAAUGAUAACUAUUACCGUCUGACUGUCCGUAUGGUUGACCUAGAUGGGCUUGCUCGCAGACCAAUCGCGCAUACAUGCGGGAGAGUCCUCGAACUACCCCAAAAGUACGAAAGCUUUCCACAGUUCAGGGCUGAAUUCAAUGCAAUCUUGUGUAGUAAUAUUUGUGUUAUGGACAUUCAUUAAGAUGAUUUUGACAAGUAUGGUGUCGGUAAACGUGCUCCGAUUCUGUGUGUGGACAUGUACAGACUCGUGUCGCUUGGUAUUCCCAGCCAGUUUUGUUUUCUUCUUUUAAUUUCUAUAAUUUGAUUUGUAAUCAGUGUGAUUACUAUGUCUGAGUUUGUGACAACUGAUAUUCGUUAUCUUAGUUUACAUACGAGUAUGAGAAAGUAGCGGACAUUCGUUCUGUCAGUUUACAUACAUAAAAGUAUUUUUGAUCUGUCAGUUUACAUGCAUACUAGUAUUAAAAUGAAGAUAUUGUAAUCUUAUAAUAAAUACUUUUUCAUA